GAAGGUGCAAGAUCCCAGCCAGGCUCCUCUGCUCACUGUGUCAUUUGGGCCCCCACCUCAGCUAUCUGCUCUGGGCAGACCAAGGCCGGCACAGAGACAGAGAAGCAAGAACUAAAUUUCUUUAGAUCCUGGGAGAAGUGUGUCCAAGCCUUUCUACAGCCAGCACAGAAGGAGCUGCAGAGACAGGGAUGCAACAAAGUCACAGGAAACUUGCAACAUAUGUGAACAGCAGAGCAACAGCCAAGCACAUUGAACAGGACAGAGAUGAGCUGUUAAUCUAAAACUGCUGGGAAAAUGAAGCUGAAAGCUCUUACUGCAGGGCUUGGACUGAUUCUGCUGCUUAUGGAAGUCCUGGAGACUCUGGGAGGUGUUCACUUUCUUUGCCUCAAAUUCACUGUCAGCUCUUAUUCAUCACCUCUACAGCCCUGGUCUAAAGUCAAAGGCUCAGUGGAUGGAAAGCCUUUCAUUGAGUAUGACAGUUACUCCAACAAUGUCACAGCUGUGGGUCGGCUGGGGAAGGAGGUCAAUAACACCAAAGCAUGGAGAAAUUUGGCAAAGAGUCUGGAAUCAAUAGGGAGAAAGGUCAGGAUAAUCAUGCGUGGUGGCCUCAAACAGGAAAAGAUCCUGAACAAGCGUGUCCCCAGCCUGCAAGCCCAGCUGUGCUGUCAGCAGGAAUCAGAACAGUGCACUAGUGCAUCCUGGGAGUUCAACAUCAACGGACAGAGAGCCCUCAUUAACACAGUGACCAUGACCUGGACAGUCCUGGACCCUGAAACCAGAAUGAUCAAGGAGGAGUGGGCGAAAAAACAGGACCUGGCAGAGGAGUUAAGGAACGUCUCAAUUCAAGACUGUAAUCACUGGCUUAAGGAAUUCUUAGAGCACUGGGAGAAAAUGUUGGAUGGCACAGAUAUGUCAUCCAAGGCAAAAGAAACCAUACAGCAUUAUCCAUCCACCUGGCUAAUUACCUGGAUCAUGCCAAUAAUCACUAUUCUGUCCUACUUGAAAUUUUCUUGAUAUGCACAGUGUAUGUACUACUGAGUAUUAAAAUUUAC